AUGCCAGCGGUGACAGUGACUCUUCCAAGUGGUCGUGUGGCCUUUGAGAGUCAAGAUUUCCAGGGGCAUGGGGCCGAGUUGAAAAGUCGCGUGGGCCAGGAGCUGCGUCUCACACCUCACAGGCUCACCUUGAUAGUGGGCACAGAAGAGAUCCGGGAUGAUCAGGAGAUCACAGACGCUGCUGGCAUGGUGACUGUUACUGUGGGUGAAGGGCAGGAGCUUCCAGACUGGUGUGAGCAGAACAUGACCACCUACACCUUUUCGUCGGUUGAUGGAGUGGGGGCAUUGCCAGAAGAGUCCGAGGAGAUCGAACCGUCGCUGUUUGGACAGGCCGUCCUGCUUGCAGUCGGCAAGGUGCAUAACCAAGACACAUGUAUCCUGGAGUUUGCGAAGCUGGACGCUCGUCUGCAACGCCUCAGCCCUUUGAAGUUCUACAGCCGCUGGGUCACAAGACCCGACUCCAGCAAGCACCGGGUGUACGGUGUCCGUCAAGUCUACGCCGGCGUUGAGUUUGAAAAAGUCCAGAGUACUUGGCUUGAACAAGAAGGUGGCUGGGCUCGCAAGGCUGCUGAGAUACCUGCCACGACCAAGUCUGCAUCUGUCUUUGAGCUGUGCACCCUGGUCAUGCUGGCUGCGCAGCAAGGAAGGUCCGAAGCGGCUUGGAUGCAGCCGCAACUGGAGACAGGGGCAGCCGCGGUGGCGCGUGGUUUCCAAAAGUUGGUUUCGCAAGUCAUCACAAAGGGCUUUACCCCCGAGAAGGAGACUGCGUUCCUAGUUGAGGCACAGUCAGCCUGGGAUGUUUCGGACCGAGAAGCCCUCUUGAAGACCUUCGCAGUCAUGGCCGAAGACCGCAACGACUCUGUCGCGUCAAUGGGCAUUCAGCUGCUGUGCAAGUACUUCCCGAAGGCCCAGCGGACGCGCACUUGCUUGAAGGAACAAUCUGAAUUUGGCUGGCCACACAGGCGAAAGCUGGCUCAGCAGAGUUUGGACUCUUUGGAGCAUGCACCAGACCCACACACUACAAGAGUUUCUCCUGAUGUGCAAAUCCCGUCACCGCGCUCCUUAUUGCACAAGGCCCUGAACUUUGAAGGGAGGAAUCCCAUCAAAAUGCGGAGAGUGCUUGGAAACCACAUGGCAUACUAUCAUCGGCGACGUAUGGUAGAUCCAGAUCCAGACUUCUGGCCUGGGUACCAGCCUCUUACGUACAUAAACCCAGGGUUGUAG